GUAUGAACGUUACUGAUGCCAGACAAGAUGUUAGGGAGUAUUUUAUCACAUUUGUAAGAGCAUUCCCAAUUCAAGAUAAAGAAAGUAAUCUUCAAGAUAAACUAUGACCAAUGUUAGACAACUUCCUGAAAAGAGUUAAAAUAAUCCAAGAAGAGUACUUCUCAUCUAAAUAGGAGAAAAAUGUUGAAGAAGCUCACCAAGAAGUAUAAUGGAGUGCAUAUUUUCUAAAUGUGCUAUGGGCCAAACUUUAUAGAAACCAUUAUAUUCUCUUAUACCUCCACUGAUAAAAAAGAUGAACUAGAUAUCUUUAUAAAAAAUUAGUGUUGCUUUACAACUUUCCUUUGUAAACUUGCAAUAUUCUCUUACACCUGUCUGCCAUGAACUUGCUUUGUAAAGACUCUUUCCACUCUAUUCUUACAAGGGGAAAGAAGCUUGAAGGUUAUUAAUAAUUAUAAAAGAUGCAAUUAGAGACCGAACAUGAUCAGAUGCUCAGAAGCUUUAACAACAUAAAAUAGAAAUGAUAAAAUACCAGAAGUAUUUCUUGUUCAAACAAGAGAUACAAAUAACUCUAAAGACAAAGAUUUUGAUAAGAACUUGCAGACAAUUAUUAAAGCCUUUAUUUGUAGGUCCAUCCAUCUUUCUUGGCCAUAUAAUUGACAAGUUCAACUCUGGUGUUAAAAACUAUCUAGCUGGUGCUAUGAUUUUGAUAAUUUUAUGCAUAGCCUAUUCCUUACAAGAAAUUAUUUUCCUUCUGCUCCUUGGAUGCGACUGAGUAAGCCUCGGUGGUGAAGUGGGCUCUUAAAGUCACUGCAACCAUUUUUGUCUAUUGCUCUUAAUAAUUUUUCGCUAUGUAUUGAUAGCUUUCACAACUCUAUCAAUCUCCUUCUUCGGAAAAUAUUCUUGGAGUAAACAGAUCCAAAGUUUUAACCCAAUGGUCUCCUCCGUCUUCAAUGUUGUCUUUGAAAACUCUUCAAUUAGCCUUAGUAUAUUUAGAGGCUUAAAUGAAUCAUUCAGCUGAGGCAACGAUAUAGUUAGACUACCCAGAGUCAGAAGCAAUGAAUCUUUUGACUA